GUUGCCCUGUGACUUUUAAAAACAUAUUUGUCAUUAUAUUAAUACUGCAUUUAGUUUUGUGUUUAUACAUUUGUUGAUAUUCUUUGUGUCCAUGAAUUUAGACAAAUUGGCAUUAUUUACGUACUUACACUGACUAAAUUCGGGCCACAUGGAAUCAGAUAACCAGCUUGGCGAAGAACUGUGGAUAUCCCUCAUUCCGCCCGUGGAAUCGGUUGACUUGCUCAACGGUCAGGAAUGUCAGCUGGCACCGACAGCGGAGCUCGGCUCAACAAGUUCAAAAACAAAGGAAAAGAUGCAAAUGAACUGAGGCGAAGAAGAGCGGAAGUCAACGUAGAGCUCCGAAAAGCAAAGAAAGAUGAUCAGAUCCUGAAGAAGAGGAACGUCCAAAGCCUUUUGGAUGAGCCGAGCUCUCCCCUUCAAGAGAAGGACCCCAACGCAAAGCCUCCUCACCACUGGUCUGUGGAGGAAAUUGUAAGCUGUGUAAACAGCCAGAAUGUAGAUCUUCAACUGCAGGCAACACAGACAGCAAGAAAGCUUCUUUCCAGGGAAAAGCAACCACCUAUUGACAGCAUUAUUGCUGCUGGCCUCAUCCCUACGUUUGUCAGCUUUCUGGGACUGUUUGAAUGCCCUCCCAUACAGUUUGAGGCAGCCUGGGCCCUCACUAACAUUGCUUCAGGUACCUCAGACCAGACUUCUGCGGUAGUAGAGGGAGGAGCCAUACCAUCCUUCAUUGGAUUGGUGACAUCACCCCAUCAGCACAUCAGUGAGCAGGCCAUUUGGGCCCUGGGUAACAUUGCAGGUGAUGGACCCAGUCACAGAGAUUUGGUGAUCAAACAUGGUGGAUUGGAACCACUCCUAGCCUUGUUGUCAACCCCUGAUCUGUCGAUAUAUUCUUCAAGCUACCUGCGCAAUAUCACCUGGACUCUCUCCAACCUGUGUCGGAAUAAGAACCCACCCCCUCCGUUGGCGGCAGUGCAGCAGAUGCUUCCCGCAUUGGUGCACCUCCUGCACUGCAAUGACAGGGAGGUCCUGGCUGAUGCCUGCUGGGCUGUGUCCUAUCUGACUGAUGGCUCUAAUGAGAGGAUAGAGGUUGUGGUUCAUGCUGGCCUGGUGCCCCAUCUUGUGCAACUUCUUGCUUGUGGGGAACUCUCCAUUGUGACUCCUACUCUAAGGUCACUUGGCAACAUUGUGACAGGAACAGAUGAGCAGACCCAGUGUGUCCUAAAUGCUGGUGGCCUGGCAAUAUUCCCCAGCCUUCUGCGCCACAACAAGUCCCACAUCCAGAGAGAAGCUGCCUGGGCAAUAUCCAACAUCACUGCCGGCAAGGACGUCCAGAUUCAGGAAGUUAUUAAUGCGGGCCUGAUACCCAUCCUGGUGGAGAUCCUCCAGCAGGGAGAUUACAAGACCCAGAAGGAGGCAGUGUGGGCUAUCACCAAUUACACUAGUGGAGGAACAGUGGAUCAAGUGGCCUACCUGGUUCAUUCCAAUGUGCUGGAGCCUCUGCUCAAACUUCUGACUGUCAAAGACAGCAAAAUGCUCCUGGUCAUUUUGGAUGCAGUCUCCAACAUUUUACAGAUGGCAAAAAACACUGGUGAGAUUGAUAAAGUGUGUCUAAUGAUUGAGGAAUUGGGUGGACUGGACAAGAUUGAGGCACUACAGUCUCAUGAUAACGAAGCUGUCUAUAAGUCCUCCCUCAACAUUAUCGACAGGUUCUUCUCGGAAGAGACCGAAGAGGAGUCUCUGGUUCCGGAGGCUGGUGAAGACUGCUAUGCCUUUCAUAUUCCUGAGGACCAAAGCACUUUCCAGUUUUAAAAAGUGUGGUUUUCUGUGUUUCUUUCUUCUUUUUUAUAUUUUUUCUAGACAUUUCAACUUUGUACAGAACAGUACAAACACAAACAUCCACAUUUCAAAGAAAUAUUUGUAAAUACAUUUUAUUCAUUUAUACUCUCUUUGUCUCCUGUCGUUUAUGUUCUUACAGGCUAAUAAUUAGUCAAUGUUAUUGAUGAGAAAAGGAUUCUGAAAGAUUAGAACAAUCAGUCCUUCACAAUUGGAAAUAAAACUUGUUACUUUGUCCAUAUUACCACUAGGUGGCACUGUGCGC